CAAGUGUUGAAAGUGAAAGCCAAACUUUUAGCUAUAAAUUCAACCGCUUGUCAAACUAAGGUUUAGAGAAGCUGGAAAUAAGUCAUUGUUAAAACAUAAGGCUUGGUUCUAAAAUGGGUGGAUGGUUUCUUAUCGCCAUUGACUUUGGCACAGCAUACAGUGGCUAUGCCUUCUGUGUGUCAUCUGGAAAUUCCGAACCAAGACCCAGGGUUCCGAAGUGGGGACAGGAACAUGGAUUCAACUCCCCAAAGACUCCCACCUGCAUUUUGUUUGAUGAACAUGAAGAAUUUAAAAUGUUUGGCUUUGACGCUAAAAUGGCGUACACAAAAAUGCAUGGAGCUGACGCACAGAAACAUUAUCUUUUUGAAAACUCAAAAAUGGAACUUUAUAGCAAAACAAUCAAUAAGAACUUGAUGAUUAAAGCACACAAUGGGAAAUCGAUGAGUGCUUUGAAGAUAAUCGCAGAAACCCUGCGGUAUCUGAAGGACCAUGCACUGAAAACGAUUGGUGAUCACACAAGUGGCAGGCAGUUCAUUGCCUCAGAUGUUACCUGGGUCCUGACUGUUCCAGCCAUAUGGGAUGCUGCAGCCAAGCAGUUCAUGAGAGAGGCAGCAACAGCGGCUGGUCUUGUGACAGAUCUAAACUCAGACAGCUUAAUACUGGCUUUGGAACCAGAGGCAGCAUCAGUCUGGUGUAAGAAGCUUCCAUCCGAUGGUUUUAUAGCAGAAGAGAUUAACGAAGACACAUUGGAGAAAACCCCUGGAACCAAGUACAUGGUUGUGGACUGUGGCGGUGGAACUAUUGACAUAACAGUGCAUGAGGUGCUACAAGGUGGAACACUGAAGGAGCUGCACAAGGCCUCUGGAAAUGACAUGGGAGGGGGGACUGUUGACAAGAAUUUGAAAAUGUUCCUAAGAGAAAUAUUCUCUGAUGAACUAUGGGAUGACUAUGAGAAAUGUUAUGCCCCUGAGCUGCAAAAGAUGAUGUAUGGCUUUUCUCUACUUAAGGGUACAGAUGAUGACAUAGACAUAUCCUGCCCUUACAACUUGGGAGAAUUAGCAAAGAAAUACCACUCAGAAAUGUCAGACUUCUUCAAGACAAGUCAGGGAGCUUCCUGGGAGGAGGGGUCAAUCAAAAUCACAAAAGAAAGAAUGCGGUCCUUCUUUGAUGAUAGUUUUAAAGGGAUUACUGAGAGCAUCAGACAAAUCUUGAAAAGUAAAAGUAAGGACAAUCCUGAAGGCCUCAGCAUUGACUUCAUUCUCUUAGUGGGAGGUUAUGCCUCAUGUAACACACUGCGGAGUCACAUUAAACAGCAGUUUAGUGGUCAAUGCAAAGUGCUCUUUCCAACUGAUCCCCAGGAGGUCAUUAUCAAGGGGGCUGUUCUGUUUGGGAAAAACCCCAAGGUAGUGUCGUCACGAGUCAGUGCCCUGACUUAUGGAAUCACUGUAUAUCAGAGGUUUGAUGAGUCAAAGCACAAACCUGAGAAGAAAUUCACAACUAAUGAGGGAACUGAGUACUGCUGUGAUGUUUUCCAUAAACUGGUGGAGAAGGGUGAGUCAGUGGGUUGUGAUGAAGUCAGGGAACACAUCUUCAAUCCCGUAUCAAGUGAUCAGACGGAAAUAUCUUUCAGUUUUUUCAGCACAGAGAGACUGAAUGCCAAAUAUGUUGAUGAGUGGGGAAUGGAUCAGAUUGGAUCUUUCACUGUUCAAAGUCCUGACACCACAAAGGGUCUGGACCGCAGCAUCAGGUUAGAAAUCAAGUUUGGUUUCACAGAAAUGCAAGCCACGGCUACUGACAUAGAAUCAAAACAAACUCAAUCAAUCAAACUGGACUUUUUGAGGAAUUAAAAACACACGAUGCAAAACGUUUUGCAAAUUGAGCUAUACAUUACAGCAAUGCAUUACAGAAAUACAUCAAGAGACUAGAUGCAUAGUCAAUACAAUACAGACACUUCAAAAACAGGAAACUGGAAUGUGAGUUAUUGUUAUAUUCAGCUCUUAUUAUUAGUAAUGUUCUUGUUAUGCCAGUGUCUCCUAUCCACAGGAUUCAACCCAUUUUAACAUGUAAUACAAGUUCAGUAUAGACAAAUCUUCACUUUAUCAUUAUGGAAAUACUGUAUGUGUUAACUAUGCACAAAAUAUAGAAGUAAUUUGCAUACAGGAAAUUAUUAGUGUUUAGACUAAGGAAUGCUGUGUUUGUCCUGCACUCUAAAAAUAUGUUGAGAUGUAUCUGGCAUGUCAAAAGAUAAAUAAACAUGUGUUCCAUGCUUA